GCGUAGUAAGCUGAGAGCCGGCGCUAUAAAAUGUGGCGACCAGCAUACGGAUUCAUCAGUUUGUCUUGAAAUUUCAAAAGAAAAAAAAAAAAAUCUUGUGUGUAAAAUGUCGCUUACCAUCAGGACAGCUGUUUCACAUCCUGAGCUUAAGGAUCUGAGAACUGUUCGAAAUGAACAAAAGGAACUCAGCAUAUCGCCUGUGCACCAUGUUAACAUUCCCAAAGCCACAGCUACCUUCGGGAUGGGAUGCUUCUGGGGAGCCGAAUCGCUGUAUGGAGCGACCCGGGGCGUUUUAAGGACUACUGUGGGCUAUGCCGGGGGCAGCUCUGAAUUGCCAACGUACCGUAAACUCGGCGAUCACACGGAGGUUUUGGAAAUUGACUACGAUCCCACAGUUAUCAGCUUCAAGGAGCUAUUGGAUCUGUUCUGGAACAAUCAUGAGUACGGCCUGACGACUCCAAUCAAGCGUCAGUACGCCUCCUUGAUUCUCUACCAUGAUAAUGAGCAAAAGAAAAUGGCUGUAACCUCCAAGCUGGAGGAGCAGGAGCGUCGGGCACCCGAGGUUAUUACUACUGAGGUGGUACCCAAGGUGAACUUUUAUGCGGCCGAAGCCUAUCAUCAAAAAUAUAGACUGCAGGGUCACAAGGAUCUAGCCACCUCUCUUAACCUCAGCCCCACGCUGUUGCAGAGCAGCUAUGUGGCCACCAAACUGAAUGGCUAUCUGGCUGGUGUCGGGGGCAUGGAGCAGUUCAAAUCGGAGGUGGAUACAUUGGGACUCACGCCCACUCAGCGUCAGUACUGUAGCUAUCACGUAGAGCAAAACGAGGGUCAGGGCCUCUACUGCUGACAUGGACGUCUCUGCAUAGAUGUUAAGCUAAUAUCGUAAAAUAAGGGGGUAUAAAGGACACAUAAAAUUGACGAACCGUUUUUGCGUUUGUGUGUGAAGAAUCACUGUAAUACGCGUGUACGUGAGCGGCAGCGCAGUAGCAGCGCCUUGUCCUAUACCCUUUAGAUAAGGCCGUGCCGUUCCUGGUAUAAAGUAAUGACAAGAUUUUAUUUGUUAUUUGCUACAAAAAAUGCGUAUUAUGUACAUUACGAAUAUCGAAACAAAUAUUAAAUAUAUAAAACAUAUUUUAUAACAAAGCUA